AUGCAUGCUUGGUUAGAAAGAACACCAACCAUUAAACAAUGCUGUAUGUAUAUAAAACCCUUCUUCAAUUACUUAUUGUAUGCAUCUUAAGUGUAGAUAUAUACUAACGACAUAAACGAAUCUAUGGCAUUGUUACUUAGAUUGGCAUUAGCUUUCUUGGUGGCUAUAGACCUAUUAGUGUUUACAGCUUUUGCCGCGACACCAACUGAUGGGGAGGAGCUGGUUACAUUUAUCUUUGGCGAUUCCUUGACUGAAGUUGGCAAUAACAAUUACUUGCAAUACUCUCUAGCCAAGUCCAACUACCCUUGGUAUGGUAUUGAUUACGAGGGUGGCCAAGCAACUGGAAGGUUCACCAAUGGAAGAACCAUUGGUGACAUAAUAUCUGAGAAACUCGGAAUCCAAUCACCACCACCAUAUCUUUCCCUAUCUCCAAACGACGAUAGAUUGCUCAAAGGAGUGAAUUAUGCAUCUGGGGGAGCAGGAAUUCUCAAUGAUACUGGCAUUUACUUUAUACAAAGAUUAACAUUUGAUGAUCAAAUCAAUGCAUUUGGGAACACGACAUUAGCCAUUAAAUCUAAGAUAGGAGAAGCAGCUGCAAACAAGCUCUUAAACAAAGCUGUUUACUUUGUUGGAAUAGGAAGCAAUGAUUAUGUCAACAAUUACUUGCAACCAUUCAUGGUAGCAGGACAGCAAUACUCCCAUGAUGAGUUUGUAGAGCUCCUAAUCGCUACAUUAGGGAACCAACUUACGACCCUUCACCAACUGGGUGCUCGAAGAGUAAUCUUCCAUGGACUCGGCCCCUUGGGCUGCAUACCCUCGCAGAGGGUGAAAUCAAAGCAAGGAACAUGCCUAACCCAAGUGAACAAAUGGGUACAACAGUUUAAUAGUAAGGUACAAAAUUUAGUCCUGAGUUUGAACCAACACCUCGAGGGUGCACAAUUUGGAUUUGCUGAUACUUACCAAGACGUGCAAGAACUCAUCACAAGCCCACAAGCUUAUGGUUUCAAGGUAUCGAAUACAUCUUGCUGUAACGUGGAUACAUCAAUUGGGGGACUAUGCUUGCCGAAUUCUAAAGUGUGCAAAAACAGGAAGGACUACGUCUUUUGGGAUGCUUUCCAUCCCUCAGACGCCGCCAAUGCUGUACUAGCUAAUAAGCUCUUCACAAGUUUAUUUCCGAAUGCUCCAAAGAACGAAACACCAACUCCUAAAACAACAACACCUUCAGCAAGGAAUGCUCCAAAGAACGAAACACCGCCUCCUGAAACAACACCUUCAGGGACGAAUGCUACACCACCUCCUGAAAGAACACCUUCAGCAAGGAAGACGCUUCGACAUUCAUGAUCCACUAUUAUCAUUGACAGAAGAGCAUUACUAUGUCCAAUUAAUAGAACACAAACAGAGAAGAGAUGAACACUGUAAUCAAUUUUCUUGCAAACAAUUACCAAUUUCUUAUGUACCAUUACCAAUUAUUUAGUUAACCACAUUAAGAAAUACUUAUAUAUUUUGAUAAAUACCAUUUUUUCACUAUUAAAUCUCUGCUUCUCUCAAUAUAUUUCAAUCAAUUAAGUAUCCUAAUUCAGGCGUUAGUUUAGAGGCGUGUAAGCAAUUAAUAUAUU